AUGGCCCGUGGCCAGAUGGGAAGUUUUGUCGUCGGACGACGUGCGGAGUGGAACCGACGGCGGAAACUAACCAUCUUCAUUCAUCCAAUCCAACAAGACGACAGUGCAGUCUCACGCGCCUCGCACACCACCAACGGCAAUCGCAAUCUCAUGGGCAUUUUCAGCAAGCGCAACAACGUGGAGCAUAUCCGUCACCUUUGCGACACCGGCCCGACCCGUCAUCGACGCAGGCUGUCUGCACCAUGCCGCCCCCCCCAGGGUGGCGCGGGUACAGCGCCUGGCGACGGCGACGACGAGGACGACUACAUGAACAUGACGUUUGACGAGCCUGCCCCAAAGAAAGAGACGUCUUUGCAACGCACGCAGCGCUUGAAAAAGGAGUCCCUGGCCAGGGGCACAAUCAAGUCCAAGGCGCAGCUUGCGGAAGAAGCUGCGGCGGCGAGAGAAAAGGCCCUGUCGACGUCCAUGCUCGAGACGCCCGGGGCAAAGAAGAGCAAGGGCCUGGCCAUGAUGGCCAAGAUGGGUUUCUCCGGAGGCGCGCUGGGCAGAAAGGGAGACGACGGCGAGAGCAGCACCAGAACGGAACCGAUCAAGGUCAGCGUCAAGGAGGACCGCGGUGGCAUCGGCCUGGACAGCGAGAAGAAGAGGAAGCUUGACGAGGCCAUGGAGGAGCACGGCACCAAGGCUGCCAAGAUGGAUCCCGACGAGUACAGGGAGCGCGUGAGGAGGGGGCGCGAAGACGAGAGGCUCGAGAAGCAGGUUUAUGCGGCGCAGCGCGUAGCGGAGCGCAUGGACGAGGAGCACGACGAGGGCGGAAGCGCGUCUGGUGAGGAAUCAGAAUCUACGGCGCGGCCGAAAGCCCCCUCGCGACGACCGCUCAAGUCGAUACCGGCGCUGUACCGCGGCCUUGUGCGCCACAGGGAGCAAAAGGAGCGCGAUAGGCGGAUGAGGUAUGACCUGGAGCAGUCGCUCUCGCGCUUGCCUACGUAUGAUGACGCCGAGGAGGAUGAGGACGACAGGAGGGCGCUGGGGAAGAAGGCGACGGCGUACGUGGUGUCGGAGGACUUGGAUGAGGAGGACGAGGAGCUGGAUUCGUUUGAUGCGCUCGAGCCGGCGGAGAGGCUGGGGAGAUUGGUGCUGUACUUGCGGGAGAGGCACUGGUAUUGUUUUUGGUGCAAGAUGAAGUAUGACGGCGGCGAGAUGGACGGGUGUCCGGGCGUUACGGAGGAAGAUCAUGAUUGA